AUGGAAAGUAGACGCGGCCACGCGGGCAACCUUGGAGCCGGAACGCGGCAGUGCGUCUGGAAGCUACGGCUUCAUCGCGUCUCCUGGUCGGGCGGGAUGAUUGGGCGCUUGCAGGCAGUUGGCUGCAGUCCUGCAGUUCUGCGUCCGCCACAGCGCACGGCAGGCGGCUGCACCGGCACCAGCACCAUGAUCGGCUACUUGAGCACGGACGCUCAGCAAAAACGUCAUCUGGGCUGCGACUCUGGCUUCGGAGAGGCCCUGGCGCGGCGGCUGGACUCGCUGGGUGUGCCCGUGGUGGCGGGCUGCCUCUUCCCGGAGGGCCCCGGAGCCCAGCGGCUGGUCCAGCAUUGCUCCUCCAGGCUGCGCGUCCUGCCGCUGGACGUCACCUCGGAGCAGCAGGUGCGCGACGCCGUCUCCAGCAUCCGCGACAGCCUGGACGGACGAGAGCUGUGGGCGCUGGUGAACAACGCGGGGAUGUCGGACAUAGGGGAGGCGGAGCUAGUGCCCCUGGAGGUGUUCGAGCGUACGCUGGCCGUCAACACAUUGGGCGUGGUGCGCGUCACACAGGCCUGUCUGCCACUCAUCCGGCAGGCCAAGGGCCGCAUCAUCACCGUCGCCAGUCCUCUGGGCAGGACAGCAAUGCCGAUAAUGUCCCCGUACUGCAUGUCCAAGAGUGCCGUCAUCUCGUACUGCGACGCUCUGCGUGUCGAGAUGAAGAAGUGGGGCGUCUCUGUCUGCACGGUGGAGCCGUCCAGCUACAUGACUGGUCUGAACAAUCCCGACCAUUUCAAGGCAACAAUUUCGAAGAAUUUUCAGACGUGCCCACUCAGUGUGAGAGAGGCUUACGGACUUGAUUACGAUGAUAAGUGCACGAAAAGAAUGUCUUUACUGACGUUCCUCGCAAAAAGGAAUCCCAGUAUCGACGAAGUGAUCCACGAGCUCGUCGACGCCUGCAUCGGAAGGUACUUCCAGGUGCGGCGGAUUCCUGGCCUGUGGGAGAGAGUAGUUUACGUGAUGCUGCCACAGCUACCUUAUUUCGAGACGGACAUCAUUAACUACCUGCUUUUACAGUGGAGAAUGACUGUACCGCCUACUGCGAAAAGCUCAGAGGAGCAGAACGAAACGCACUAAAAUUUCUGAGAAAAAUACUCUUACCUUUCCUCCAUCUCCUACCGCUUUUUUCAUUAAACUGAAGAGCCAAAGACACUCUUACACCUGCCUAAUAUCGUAUAGGGCCCCCGCGAGGAUGCAGAAGUGCCGCUACACGACAUGGCGUGGACUCGACUAAUGUUU